GCGACGCGCUCAGAUAUACGGAGCGAGCCCGGGGAAGCGGUCUCAGAUCCUGACGGUGCAGCCGCCCGCAGCCUCAGCCAGGGAGUCCCAGCCGCUUUCAAUGGAGGAGAAGCCCGGCCAGCCACAGCCUCAGCACCAUCACAGCCACCACCACCCGCACCAUCACCCCCAGCAGCAGCAGCAGCAGCCGCCGCACCACCACCACCAUUAUUAUUUCUACAACCACAGCCACAACCACCAUCACCACCACCAUCACCAGCAGCCUCACCAAUACCUGCAGCAUGGCACAGAGGGCAGCCCCAAGGCCCAGCCGAAGCCGCUGAAACAUGAGCAGAAACACGCCCUCCAGCAGCACCAGGAAACGCCGAAGAAGAAAACAGGAUAUGGUGAACUAAAUGGUAAUGCUGGAGAAAGAGAAAUACCUUUAAAGAACCUGGGUUCUGAUGAAGCUACCAACCCUAUUUCCAGGGUCCUCAAUGGCAACCAACAAAUUGUAGACACUAACCUGAAGCCGACUAUAAAGUCCAGCACCUUUGGGAAAGCAGGAAUUAAAACUAGGAAUUUCAUUCAGAAAAACAGUAUGGACAAAAAGAAUGGCAAGUCAUAUGAAAGUAAAUCUGGAGAGAACCAGUCUGUAGAUAAGAGUGAUACUAUAACAAUUCCAAAUGGUGUUGUAACAAAUAAUUCUGGCUAUAUUACUAAUGGUUAUAUGGGCAAAGGAGCAGAUAACGAUGGUAGUGGAUCUGAGAGCGGAUAUACCACUCCUAAAAAAAGGAAAGCUAGGCGCAACAGUGCCAAGGGUUGUGAAAACCUUAAUUUAGUGCAGGACAAAAUAAUGCAACAAGAGACUAGUGUCCCAACUUUAAAACAGGGACUUGAAACUUUCAAGCCUGACUACAGUGAACAAAAGGGAAAUCGAGUAGAUGGUUCUAAGCCCAUUUGGAAGUAUGAAACUGGGCCUGGAGGAAUGAGUCGAGGAAAACCUGCUGUGGGUGAUAUGCUGCGGAAAAGUUCUGAUAUUAAACCUGGUGUGAGCAGCAAAAAGUUUGAUGAUCGGCCUAAAGGAAAGCAUGCUUCUGCUGUUGCCUCCAAAGAGGACUCGUGGACCCUAUUUAAACCACCCCCAGUUUUUCCAGUGGACAAUAGCAGUGCUAAAAUAGUUCCUAAAAUAAGUUAUGCAAGUAAAGUUAAGGAAAACCUCAACAAAACUGUACAGAACUCUUCUGUGUCACCAUCUUCAUCUUCAUCCUCUUCAUCAUCUGCUGGGGAAAAUCAGACCCAAUCUUCAAGUCGGUUAUCCCAGGUUCCUAUGUCAGCGCUGAAAUCUGUUACUUCUGCCAACUUUUCUAAUGGGCCUGUUUUAGCAGGAACUGAUGCAAGUGUGUAUUCUCCAGGGGGUCAGCCACUGCUAACUACUGCUGCUAAUAGUAUGACACUCAUCUCUGCUGCGAUUGAUCCAGUUCUCCAGGACAAGAGUCUGACUUCAGCAGCUGUUGAACAAAUUACAACUAGCCUUUUUAUCUACCCUUCAAAUAUGCAAACUGUGCUGGUGAGCACAGCUCAAGUGGAUCUACCCUCUCAGACUGAUCAGCAAAACCUGGGGGAUAUCUUCCAGAAUCAGUGGGGUUUAUCAUUUAUAAAUGAGCCCAGUGCUGGCCCUGAGACUGUUACUGGGAAGUCAUCAGAUCAUAAAGUGAUGGAGGUGACAUUUCAAGGGGAAUAUCCUGCCACUUUGGUUUCACAGGGUGCUGAAAUAAUCCCCUCAGGAACUGAGCAUCCUGUGUUUCCCAAGGCUUAUGAGCUGGAAAAACGGACUAGUCCUCAAGUUCUGGGCAGCAUUCUAAAAUCUGGGACUACUAAUGAGAGUGGAGCCUUAUCCUUGGAGCCCAGUCAUAUAGGUGACCUGCAAAAAGCAGACACCAGUAGUCAAGGUGCUUUAGUGUUUCUCUCAAAGGACUACGAGGUAGAAAAUCAAAAUCCUCUGGCGUCUCCUACGAACACUUUGUUAGGCUCCGCCAAAGAACAGAGAUACCAGAGAGGCCUAGAAAGGAAUGAUAGCUGGGGUUCUUUUGACCUGAGGGCUGCUAUUGUAUAUCACACUAAAGAAAUGGAAUCUGUUUGGAAUUUACAGAAGCAAGAUCCCAAAAGGAUAAUCACUUACAAUGAAGCCAUGGAUAGUCCAGAUCAAUGAAGGACCAGACUGCCUAUUUGUAACCUUUCUGCAGCAUUAGAGCCACUGUUCAUGGGGGACACAAGGCUUUUAUGCUCCUAGAUCUUCAACGCAGCAGAGGAACCAUAAGUAGAAUCACAGGAUAAUAUAUACAAAUAUAUAUAUAUACAUAUAUAUAUAUAUAUAUAUAUAGUUAUUUAAAAAAAGGCAACUGAAAGUAAUUAGACUUCUUAAGGAAUCAAAUUUAUUUCAAGAGACAACACAUGGUUAUUUAAUCUCCGGUACUGAAUAGUUUUUUUUCUUUUUUCUUAUGUUAGUUUUUGUUUUUAAGUGUGAAUGCAAGUAAUUAAUGAAUACAGACUUGUGGUUCUAAAGUUCCUGCUGUCAUCAAUUGGGCAACAAAUGACCCACUGGAAAAGCAGAUCCACUUAAGAGAUCUCUGUAUCUUAUUCUGUGACUAAAGUGAUACACUAAUCACAGGGAACCCAGAAUGAGUCAACAUUUUCUCCCACUCCUCCCUUAAUCUUUUGGUUAUGCUUUGAGCCCUGCAAGAAUGCUGGAUAAAUGCCUUGAAGUUUGCAGGAGUGUAUUUUUUUAGCGAGUAUGAUUUGCAUGUCUUGCCAGGAGUUAAGCAGCCUCUGUGGGGUGUUGGGGAAAUAUUUUCUUUCUUUUAUUUUUUUGUUGGGUGGGGUUAGGGGAGGGCAUUGAAGUUUUACAGUUCUGGAAUAGUUGGUGGUACAUAGUUCACUUGGCUUUAGUUACAUAUUGGACUUUAACAAGUGAAGAAUCCAUGAGUGUCAUUUAAAGAAAAGUAACAUAACAAACAAUUGGCUUUAGAUAUUUAAUAUAAAAAAAUACUCCUGUGCCCAUCUUUUAAUGUAAUUAUAUAAGUGGGAGCAAAAAUAUAUUCUGCUUUUCAACUGUAGGUGCUCCAGACUUGCUCUCUGUCACUAACACUAAAUGUGCUGUUUUCCUUUUUUUUCAUCAAACAUCUAAAGAGAAACUUCUGUACCUUUUUGUAAAUUCUUUUAAUUUCUCAGAAAUAUCCUAAAGGGAAGAAAAAAUUCCAUGAAAACUAAAACUUUUAAUGUUUUUAGCCAGAGAGGAGAUAAUAAACCCUGCCAAUAGGAGAUGUGUUUUCAUGCAAAUUAUACUUCUGAGCUUAUUAGCUUUCUAAUUAUAUCUUAAUAAAUAUAUUUUAUUACUAGAGCAAAAUGGGUUUUUUAAGGAAAAUAAUGUGAAACUCUGGAAAUUUUCUUUUGGGCAGAGAAGAGCAUUGACCCUGUCUUAUCACAUUGCCAUCUUGUUGCACUGCAGCUUGUAUAUAGCAUGCUAAAAUAAGUUUUUUUGUGUGUGCAGAAACAAAGGGUCCAAUUUAAGAUUGGGUGAUGUUAGUGGCAUAAAAACAAGUUCUCUGGCCUGAUAUAGCAUCACAUUACACACACAGAAAUUAGUAUAUCCAUGUAUGUCAGAUACAGGUUAAAAUAGCAGGGCAUUUCUAUAGAGAGGUGUAGUCUUCUAAUAAAAGUAGACUGGAUACCCUGGGAUGUUCAGGGAGAAAGCAGCUACUUUUGCUCAACCCUGUUGCUUAAGAAAUGUCCAGUUUUGAGCGACUGUAGUAUGGAUGAGUUUUCUUGUUUUGUUGACUAUUUGAGGCUUUUAACAAGUAGUUUUUGAAAGAAGCUAUUGGACUCAACAUAGAAUAAAUAUCUUUAUAGUCUGGAUUUCUGCCCUGCUUAGAUUUUAAAAGUAUAAGCAUGGAUUGCCAAUUCCACUUGAUGUAAACAAAACUUUUUAUACAUAAUAUAUAUAUAUAUAUAUAUGUAUGUGUGUGUGUAUAUAUAUAUAUAUGUGUGUGUGUGUGUGUACAUAUAUACAUAUAUAUAUAUAAUAACUUAUUGUAUCAGUCCAGGUUCAGAAACUUGUGAUAGGCCAGUUUCAGAUAGUUUCAUUUCACCUGUAAACUGUAUCACUUUUACUGAUAUUGUAAUUUUUAAAUGUAUAAUAUGUUUACAGAUGUGCCCUGCAUUUAGUCUGCCUUGUUCCCAUUUUGAUUUUUGUUGAGUCUCCUGCCUGCUUGCCAAAAGCUAGGAUGCUUCAAGCCCAUGUACAAUUGAAAGCAGAAGCAUCCUUGAGCUUUAAAGCAUUGAACAAACUGGAAAUGCAAUGAAGUGAAAGAAGUCUGUGUUUUUGUGUUCUUUUUUUAAUAAAAAUUUUCAAAAAGUUUUUUUAAAAAACUAUAUAAGGUUGAUUAAAGGAAAAAAGGCUCCAGUUUGUUUUACAGGUUUUAAAGUUCUGCUGUGUGUUCAAUUGCCUUGUGUAACCACUUGUCGCCUUAGGGCCAGAUUCCACCCCCACCCUCCCAUGUCCCCUUCCUUUUUUUUUUUUUUAAUUUCCAUUUUGCUUGCCUGGAAUUUUAAAGCUCUUUUGUCACAACUCACAGGAAACUUUCUGGGUUUGUGACAUAUAGAGGUUGAAUUAAUAUACAUUUAAAAAGAAAAAAAAAAAUCCCAAACCAGCCCCCAUCUGAAUUGGGCUUUUAAAUUUAGAAGCAACACUUAUAAAAUAUUUCUAGAAAGUUGUUGCUUUCCUACUUCCCUUCCAUAUCCCUCAGGCCUCCAUGUUUAGAGAAGCCAAAAAGAGAAUGUAUCCCUUCUCUGUUUGUCCAAAGGUUUUUCAGAGUCUCACAUCUAAACGAGACAAUGCAACAUUUCACUUUGAUUUCACUGAAAUUUCCUUGAGUAUAUGGUUAGAGGUAUAUAGUUAGAAAUAUCUCUUAACCUUCUGGUAACCCUAGUGCCCCAUCAUAUUAACUGUCAGUAUUUUGGGGGCAUUGGGUUAAUGGACUUAAUUGCUUAGGUACAAGCAGGACUUUGGGACAAAUUUCCUUUGUGCUGUUUGGUAAUACUUAACUCUCUACUUGUCGCAAUCUUUCUCCUUAGGUCCUCACACAAUUCCUUACAGAGCACUUAUUAAAAAAAAAAAUCUUAAGAGUUGAUCUGUUUUCUCAUUAUUUUUGUGUAAGCUUCUAAAAAAACUUCAGCUGUGAUUAAUUUAGCACAUUUAAAUAACAUUAAUGUGUUAUUGUUUGGUAUAAAGAAUUUUCCUUCAACUCAGAGUAUUAGUACUGUAGCAUAAACCAAAUACAGUCUAGAGGGGAUUUUUAACAUCCCUCCAUUAUAAAGACUGCAAAUGGGGUGUGUGUGUGUGUGUAUGUAUGUGUGGACUGCUUGUGUGUGUGUGAGGGAAAGAAGGAGAUAUUAAAAGUUAGUAAACAAGUGUGUGUAAGACAUUAGUAUUCAGAGAAUGAACUUCUAUUUAUUUUGUGCCAUUUGUUUUCAUUACAGAAUAAAGUCAGGUGGUUUUAAUCCUUUAAGGGGUAGUGUUUGAAAAAUGGCACUAAGAAUGAAAUCAUGACCUAUUUUUUUAAUAGCUAUGAAGAUACUAAUUAUGGGUGAAGAUUUCUUUUUAAAUCUGUCUUGAUUGUAGGCUUUUGUGUCACAUACCACUCUCUUGUAGAUGUCUUGAAUAAUUCCCCCUCCCCACAAAAGACAGGGUGUGUUUAUCUUUCUCUUUAUUCACUCCCACUUUGCUGAACUGAAGAUAAUUGCAUAGCCUUUCCUCUGACCUCCUAGUAAUGAACUUUCACAUAAAGUGUAUUUACAGCAUCUGUAGUUAGCCCUUUCUCCUCUGCCUUUGAGGAGGCCAUAGAAAAUAACUAGGAAUUUGUUAAUGCCAAAUAGUUUUUUUCUUGAAAUAAAUGGCUGGAAAGAUUCCAUUUUAGAAUUUUGUUGUUAAUCACCUGCUUACCUAGUCAUCACUCAGAAUCUAUAAAAGCUUUAUAAAGGAAAGAAGUGCUGCAUUGUUUUCUUCAAAUAACAGUUUCUAGGGAAGGUAUUGCAAACCUCAAUUAUGAACGUUGUCCACAAUACAAAUGUGUUUAUUCACAAAGCAGUACAUAGCAGUGGUGGUUUCAUCCUUAGUCAUGAGGUUUGUUGCUAACCUAAUUAGAGGGAUCUAAUAAUGGUUUAUCUUUUGCUGUACACUUUUUCAAACAUGAAAAAGCCAUUUAGUGUGAAAUUGUAUGUCACAUACCAAAAGGCCACAGGCAAAGAAAUCUGUAAGAGGACUGCACUUGAUUCUAAAUUCCACUAAAUAAGGAGUCAUUCUUUCAAGGCUUUCUUUAGAGAAAUAGAUUAAAAGUCUCAUUUUUACAAGAAUUAUGAGUGUAGUUAUGCCACUGGACCAUAUUCUCAAAUAACAUGAUCCCUCUUGUAUACCUAUGCUAACUGCAAAACAGACACUAUAGUGGGAAAAACACACAUUUGGACAAUAGUUUUAUAAUAGGUCUGUUGGCCUGCACCAGUUGAAUUAGAUUCUAAUCAAGCAUUGUCUCUUAAGUCCUAGGUAGUACUGCUGAAUUUUAAAAGAAAGGGUAGGAUUUGCUUAACUUCCCAAAGUAUACAUAUUUGUUUAAAGGGGAUGGGCAAAGGACAAGACUAGAAGUAUAGCUGCUCAAAGUUUGCAGAGACACAUAGGUUAUCAGUUCUUAAUAUUGAUGUUAUUUUUAUUAAUGUAAUUAACAGGCACCAGGAUUCUUUUAUGGUGAAAAAGAUGGGCUUUUGCUUUAAGUAUCAUAAAAUGUGUUGUUUCUUUUUUUAAUAUACUUACAUCUGUUCAGAUGUGAGAAACAGGACCACCCUAUGUUGGUUUUUUAAAUGAUGAAUCAUUGGCUCCACUCAAAAGCAGUGCUUUAAUGUGUUUUAAAUUAAACUUCACAGUUUUGCUACUCAAGAGUCUUAUGAAUAAAUAGUGUUUCAAGUUGUAUGCAUAAUAAAAACACCCAGUGAAGCAUGAGUGGUAUGUUGAUUUUGCAUUACUGGGAGUGUCAGCAGUUAUUGGCUAGAAGCCUAUGGAACAGCCAUCCUCACAUGUGAUGGGAUUGCUGAUUCAGACUUCCCUAUUUAUCCAUACAAUUGUGUAUGUCCAGAGUUUUAAAGCCAUUUUAUAAUACUGCAGUAUCCCUUUUCUACAGCCUUAUUAACAUAGUUACAAAUGUGUUUUUUUCCCAGUGCAGUAUCCCUUUCAUUGUAUAUCAGUUUUACUCCACAGACCAAUAAACCAACUUGAGGUAAAUUAUAUAGCUUUCCAUAUACCCUUUUUCCUCAGGUGCUAAACAAAGGCUCCAAAAAUGGAUACUGCUUUAGUAAUGUCUGCUUUAUUUUUAAAAUAUUUCUUUUGCUAGAUAUAAAGAUUUGGUGUUAAAAUGAUUUUAAUAUGUAAAUAUGAAUGAAUGCCUCUAGUUUGCCCCUGUUUGUCUAUUAUUAGUCUGUUUCAUUUAUCCUUUAAGAGGAGGAUCCUUUCAUGAUCUUGAAUACAUUUCAUUAGGUAUGUUGCAUUUUUAGAAUGAAAAUACAACUGUUUAUCUGUCUCGGAUUAAUCCUGCUGCUGCUAUGAGAAACUGAAAAUCAAAAAUGUGAUGCACUUUUUACAUUACAACAUACCAUACCUUUAUAGGUUGUUUUGAUACCUUUCCUGUAGCACAGCCAGUAACAAAAGUGAAUGAAUUUUAAAAUUCUCUUUGGGAGGGAAUCAGUACAAUUAACUUUGUGGUAUUGGCCUAUGAAGGACAAUAACGUAGGAAAAGAAAAAUUCUGUUAGUAUUACACUUUUUGGCCUUAAAAUGUCUUCUACUACUGAAAAAUCCUUUAAACUUAGUUUUGUUUCUAUUAUUUCCUCUCUCUGCCUCAAAAGGAGGAUUUAGGAAGAAUGGCUUAAGGGGAGUAGUAUCGGUUUGUUGCUGAUUUCUCUUUUAGAAAGAAAAUGUCUACUAUAUAAGCUGAGGACUUAAUUUUUUUGUUUGUAUACAGAAGAGAAAUAAGGCUGCCCCGUGCCAGUCGAUUUAGUUUAAUUAAAUCAAUUAGAACUCCCAACUAUUCUGCUUCUCUAGUAUAUUUUUACUUGGCAAAGAUAAACAAGUAUAGUAGGAAUGCUACUUGACAAGAGAAAAGUCAUUUCUCAAGCACAUACCCAAACUUGAAGAUUGAACCCAAAAUAGGAGGAAAAAACACCAAAUGGGGUGGAGGAAUAUGAGAAAGAUAUGUGGUCCAAAGCUAUCUGGUUAUAUUUUGAUGUUGCCAAUAUUGCAAAGCCAAAUUUUAAUUUGCUUAUUUAAUAUAUUUCUUGGCCAGAGAUCUAUUUUUAUAUCAAUGUGCCUUGCAUGUGUAUUAAAAAAUAAAUAAAUUGGAAAGGCCAUGUAGUAAUGCCUGAGAUGGUUGAUGGUUCUUACCACCUCACUAAUUUUUAUGCAGUAUGAAAUGCUCAUUCUAUCGCCCAACUGGUGCUCUCUGUUUAAAGUUAUAGAUCUUGUCACAAACUGGAACUAUUUUAUAAACUGGGGAAGUGAUUUAAUUUACUUUUAUUGUUUCUUUUGUUUGUUCUUAGUCUGUUAGUGGCUGUUCUGUAGUGGGAAAUAGUAAAAGAACUCUUCACUCCCUUUCCCUCCUUCCUUAGCACCUUCUUCGAGUAAUGUGAUGACACCAUUUCUUGUGUGCUUUGAAAAGUUUCAGCUUGCUGUUUCCUUUAGUGUUAUUUAAAAAAAAAAGUGUUAUAAAAAGCAUUGUUUGAAAAAUCUAGGGAGAUAACAGUCCGCUUUAAUUUGGAAUUCUAUGUGAGCUAUGAUCCAAGUUAUUGGCUCUUUCCAACUUUAAAAUUUUUUUACUGUUAAAGCACCUUGCUUAGAAAAAUUUAAAUACUUAUGUCUGCAACAAUUGUCUCAAAAUAAUGAACUGUGCAAUUCUUGUCAUUAAAAAAACUCUCCCUGAUGUGACUUGUUAGUUUCUCUGUAUUUCUUGCCAGUGUAAAUGUGAAAAGCUUUGCUUGCAUUACGUUUUAGAAAUGCAUUUUGCACACUCGAAUUUUGCCGAAGCUCCAUGAAAAGGUUAGAUCUAAGUAGAUGAAUAAAGCUAUGCACAUGUUUUGAAUUUUAAUUUGUGUGUCAUUACCCAAAGUGACUUAUCCUUAUUACUUUGCUGUUCUUAGCUUCACCAUCUUUAGAAACAUGGCUCAAAAUUAUAGUACUGGGCUAGCUUAUCAGUAGAAGCAAAAGAGAGGAAAACUGGCACCUGUUUUAGUAAACUCCAGUUUUAAAUGAGAGCUUGACUUGUAUCUACUAAAGGGCUUUUCUUGAAACAGGGCAUUUUUAUCAGUUGUAUAAACUGUUGGAUGCUCUUACUUCCUCAGUGAAAUUUUUGGUUUAUUUGAUCAAAUAAAAAUGGGAAGUAAUUCAAACUGAAAUGAAGGAAGGAUCUUAUGCCACAUGGAGUUAUCUGAUAAUUUUAUGACUUAAACCUGGUUUAAAGGUGUAGGAUGACCUAUUACCUUUAUGACUAGCAUAAAUUUGGCUUAAUGAAUGAAUGAUUGACUUGAAAUUAGAAUCAUUAUCUUGCUUAAAUAUCUAAGCACAGGUUGUUUUAAAGAUAAUGUGUAUCUUUUUAAAAUUAUCCAAGCUGAUUAGAACAAGUUUAGAAUUUGGUUAAAUUGCUGCAGUCUGCAUGUACUAAAUAAAUAGCUUUAUUUCACAUGUAUGUGUACUUAAAAGAUUGUGUAGAUUUACUGGCCAGGUUUUGUCAGUCAUCUUUCAAAAGAUUGUUUUGUAAUCUCUCCAGGACCUUUGUAGAAGAGGCUAAUAAGUUUAAGUAGAAGAUAAUACUAAUGGUAUUUUCCCCAUGCUUCUAGAUACAAAAGAAAUCCUUGUUUUAUAGUUUUUAAUUAUGUAUAGAAGAAUGUUACUUCUCUGUCAUCAAGUGUGCUCUUGAUGUAUUAUUGUUGACUUUGAAAACACAGCAGAACCCUUCUGUAUCUUCACUGAAAGUGACAGAAACGAAGUCUACUAGUCAAGACUCAAAAGGUGGCCGAUAAUGCAUGGCCUCAGAAGGCAUAAAUGCAGGAGUGUAGCAUCAUCUUAGAUGGCUCUGGCUUCUCAGCAUCUGUCAGUAGUUCACUUAUGUUCAGUCUUGUGUGCGUCAUCAUUUAGGAGCUGAGUUACCUCAAUCUAAGGGAAAGGAUAAUUAGUGAACUACAGUUAUAUUAGAGGAUGUUUUCCUUCUCCCAAUUCAAGACUUUUUUUUUUUGUUUUCACUGUUUGUUUUGCCCAGUCAAAAAGAUAGGCCUUUUCUAGGUAAAAGAAUAGUGGCCAGAAAUUUAUCCUUUUGCUAAAUGCUUAGGUAUUUGCCAUAGCUGUUUCUGAUAUGGAUUCUGAAGAAGUGUCAGUUACGUAAUGAUCUUCCUUUAUUGAUGUCUUACUUCAUGUUCAGUGUUUUAAAAAUAUAAAUUACAAACACUCUACAUCCAUACCAAGAUUUACUUAUUUUAUCAGAAAAAAACUUGAGAACUUUGUAGAUCCAAUUAAGAGACAAUAAGUGUACAUGGUUGAAUAAAAAAAUUUUAAAGUUU